AGCUGUUACUAUGUUUGUGAAGUCAAUAAAUAGAUACGAAACAGCGUAUUGGUUGUAUAUAAAAUAACAUGGCAGAGAGAAAGGCAGUCAACCGUUACUACCCUCCUGACUGGAACCCCAAUAAGGGGUCAAUCAAUAAGUAUGUUGGUUCUCACCCUCUGCGAGAACGAGCCCGUAAACUCAGUCAAGGCAUACUUGUUAUCAGGUUUGAGUUGCCGUAUAAUAUUUGGUGUGGUGGUUGUAACAGUCAUAUUGGAAUGGGCGUACGUUACAAUGCGGAGAAGAAAAAGACUGGCAACUAUUACAGCACUCCCAUAUAUACAUUUCGCAUGAAGUGUCACUUGUGUGACAACUAUUUUGAGAUCCAGACUGAUCCAAAGAAUCAUGAUUACGUGAUAUUAAGUGGAGCAAGACGUAAAGAACAGAGGUGGGACCCAAAAGAAAAUGAACAAAUUGUUCCUGAAGAUAAAGACACUCAGAAAAAGCUGGUGAAAGAUGCCAUGUAUAAAUUAGAACAUGGUUCUGAUGAUAAACAAAAACUGCUAACUGGACUUCCAAGUCUUGCUGAACUGGAAGAAAAACAGGAAGUGUACAAAGAUGAUUUCAUCCUAAAUUCCUUGGCUCGCGGCAAGUUUCGAGAACAUAAAAAAUCUGAACAAGCUUCUCUUGAAGCUGACCAAGAAAUCCAGAAACGAUCCUCGCUGUCAAUUCCUCUUGUUAAAGAGCAUGAAGAUGAUGUUCGGCUGGCUGGUUUGUUACACUAUGAAACAGCAAAAGAUUCCAGUGUUUCUCAAAAAGAGAAAAGAAAUCAAAUAUCUGCUGCUCUGUCAAGUUGUGACAAACUCUCUUCCCAUUUAUUGACUCCUUCUCAUGAUAAGAAAUUAGACUUGGCUAAAAGAUGCAUUGCUGAAUCUCUUCUUAAAAGCAAGAAGAGUGUUUUUGAUGAUCUGCACUUAUCACCACCUUCCACCACCACCAGCAUACACACACCCAGUUCAAUUACAGCAAAGUGUCAAAUUCUGGGAGUUAAACUACCCAAAGGGACUGAAAAAAGUGGUAAAGACAAAUUUAUGAGUUCAAUGAUUCCUGCAAGUUCAGAUUCAGAUCCAAAAUCAGAUUUGUCAAGUUCUUCAAAUACUGUAUCUUCAGGUCUGGAUUAUUUGCAAGCUUAUUCUGAUAGCAGUGAUGAAGACUCAGAUAAUGAUUCUAAGUGAUUGGACUUUAAUCAUUUUUAAGCUUUCUGUGAUUUGAACUGAUAUAAUACUUUACUCAUUACAUAAUAAUGAGUGAUUCUUAGUUAUAUAUAUAUAUAUAUGAGUGUGUGAAUAUAUAUAUAUGUGUGUGUGUAUGUAUGUAUAUGUAUAUAUGUAUGUAUAUGUAAGUAUAUAUAUAUAUAUAUAUAUAUAUAGGGAGAAUUCGUAAAAAAACAAAAGACGAAAACAGGUGGUGUAGACAACAAACAGAUAUAUUAGUUUAACACUCAGGAAGUGAAAAAGUUUUUAAUGUCUUGAGCCUAUGCUCUUCCACAGAAAGGAACACAGAAAGAAACAAGGAGACAAAAUAAAGAAUGUGUAGUGGCUAGCGAUCUAUCACGGUGAAUAUAUAUAUAUAUAUAUAUAUAUAUAUAUAUAUAUAUAUCUGUAAAUAUAAUAUGUGACAAUUAUUUGGCAGCCAUGAUAAAACUCCGAGUUUUGGAUGUUGGGGCAAAACUUGGGCAUAUUUUUCAAUGGCCCGAUAAGUGAAGAGAUGCCGGUGUGGCUUUCCACCCCAACAUUCGAAACUAGGAGUUUUUGUGUGUUUUUGAAUGGCUUACAAAUAUCUUCCAUGCUGCAAUUGUUUAUAUAUAUAUAUAUACAUACAUACAUACAUACAUACACAUAUAUAUAUAUAUAUAUGUUUGUAUGUAUAUAUAAGUAUGUGUGUGUGUGUAUAUAUAUAAUUGUAUUUGUUUUGCAAGAUUCUUGAUGUCAAAUUGUGUUGAAACAGAUGUUGAUAUACUUAGGGAGGAUCAUUUUGCCAGCAAAAAUACAUGCACUGGUUGAAUAUCAAUUUUAUUAUUAUUAUUAUCAGUCAACUAGCUAAUUAAUUAACUAAUAAAAUACUUAAUUGUUUUUAACAAUAAUUUGUUCAGUCAAUCUGUUAAUUGACCUAUAAUAAUAAAAAGUGAAAUACAACUAGUGCAUGUGCUUUUAUUGGUCAAAUUAUUCUCUCAAAGUACAAAAACAUUCUUUAAUCAAAGGCACACUAAGCCACAAUGGUUAAAAUAAAACUGUGUACAUUUAUAUUUAGCCCUUGUGUCCACUCCAACAAUGGCCUUCUAUGUUUGAGUAUAGACAGAUGUGUUACAUAUAAAUGUACUCAAUUUUAUUAUUUAAAAACAUACAUAUCUAUUAUAUAUCUGUAUACUAUGUGUGUGUAUAUAUGUAUAUAUAUAUACAUAUAUAUAUGAUAUAUUUCUACGUAUAUGAUACAUAUAGUUUAUAUAUAUGU